AUGCAAUACAUAAUUGCCGCGUCACUGACUUCCAAUUUCAUACUAUCGUCUUAUUCACCAGGCUGUCAUUAUUCAUCUGGACUUUAUAAGGUAAAAAACGGUCUUGACUGGAAGUGUAGAGAAGCGCAGUACCCAAGUCUCUCAUUCCUUACGAUGCAGAGGUUUCAAGCUCACCUGCUGGUUGUCAUCCUUCUUGUGGCGAUUGCUGAGAUUGCAUCGUGCAAUAAUCUGCGAGCUGAGACCGGUACCACUCCAAUUGGUAAGCAUUUUGAAAAUGGCGAAGACAGAAACGAAGAGCGAAUGGUUGGAGCAGUCAAAGAGGGUGCGCGUCUUUCUUUGUUUGGCAAAAUUAAAAUGCACUUUGUCAACAAAAAGAUAGAGACAGCCUUGUCGAAGGCGGGAGCUAUGGGCAUCAAAGAUACGAGAAUAAAGACGAUGCAGGAAAAUCCGAAGUUAAUGGAAGUCUUCCAGAGGGCUGAAAAACUACUUGGACCAGAGAGCGCAAAGUUGAGCACCAUGAAUAUUAUAGUUAAAGUUUUUGGAAAAGAAAGUGCUAAAAGUUUGUGCACAGCGCGAAAUUGGAUCUGCCCGACGUUUCUGGCUAAAUCCAGUUAA